AUGAAUUCCAAUACCGUCAGCUCGGCUACCGAUGGCAAACUGUCGUGGCUGUUGUCGAGAAUUUCGCCGUUGAGCAGACACAUCAAGAACAAGCAAGCGCAGCAGCAGCCCCCGCAAAAGGCAGGCAGAAUUGGAGGUGGAGCCAGAAGAAGCCAUUCAGACUUGAUCACCGACAUCCCCGCUGCUAAAGUCUGCGAGUUGCUUCUCGCCGCUUUGCGCUGUCAAGAACGCAAACAUGACGAAAAUGGGUGGAACCAAGCUGUACAUUACCAACUGCUACGCCUGGCGCUUCCAGCCGAUGAAUUCGUUGAUUUCGAGCCUUGCACAACCGCAAGAAUCACUCCCGAAAUCCUCCCGAGGUCUUCUUCGUCGGGAAAAAAGGUCGAUUACUGUUUUAUAAUUAACGGAGCGUCCGCUUUUGACGAGCCGGCGAUGGAGGCGGCCAAUAGGACUGGCACAUGGAAGACACCGGCACAAAUCAUCGAGAUACUGCGGCGCAGGACGCCCGGAACAUCAAUCAAUCAUACCGAUUUUGGCCCCCUAAACAAAUGGCCCAUCGCCCUCAGCGUCGAAACCAAAAGACCCGGCGAGUCUGGCGAAAAGGCUGAGCUGCAGGUGGGGGUCUGGCAGGCCGCACAGUCGAGGUCGCUCGAAUGGCAACGGCAGGAACAAAAGCAUAAACUACAGAUUCCACAGCAUUCACGGCAGUCACUGGCCGCUAUGGAUGUGGAAGACGAGACAGUUGAAGGAGCGGCGGUGAUCGGGGUCAUGGGCCCGAAUAUUGCCGGAAUUACCACACCUAGCCAGACCUCGAUACCUCCUACCACACCUGACUUAGUGUUUCUCCCGGCACUGAUAAUUGUCGGUCACGACUGGAAAUUCGCAGCCACAACUCGAGAGGACUGCGAUGGCGGCCGGACAGUACUGUGGACUGAAUCUACUGUUGGUAGCACCAGCAAUCUGCUCGGCAUCUAUAGGAUUAUUUGGUGUGUCCGCCGGCUGGCAAGGGAUAUUGCGAAAUACGUCGCUGCGUACGGCAAGCGCGUUGCGGCAUAUGUGGUGAAGCAAAACAUGCGACAGAGGAAGAGCCGUGCAAGGCAGCCCCCAAAUGCGUUAAUUGCCACGGCCAUUUCCCAUCCGGACAUGAGAAUUGCCCUGCCCGACCUUUGGUGGUAA